CACGGUGCCUUGGGAAGGAAGAUGCCCAACUGCACCACUGUAACCGAGUUCCUCCUCCUGGGCUUCUCUGAGACUCGGCAGCUGCAGAUCUUACACUUUGUCAUCUUUCUGGCAGCGUACCUGGCAGCUCUGGUGGGGAACCUCCUUGUUAUCACUGCUGUAGCUACGGACCACCACCUCCACAGCCCCAUGUACUACUUUUUGGAAAAUUUGUCCAUCCUUGACCUUGGAUCCAUCUCCGUCAUUGGCCCUAAAUCCAUGGCCAAUUAUCUCUUAAACAACAGGAUAAUUUCGUAUGCUGGGUGUGUUUCCCAGGUCUUUUUCUUCUUCUUUUUUUGUACAGCUGGUUUUGCACUCCUAACUAUCAUGGCAUAUGAUCGGUACGUUGCCAUCUGUAAGCCAAUGCAUUAUGGGAUAAUAAUGAACAGGAGAGCUUGCAUCCAGAUGGCUGCCUGUGCUUGGGUUGUUGGUGCCAUCAGCUCUGCACUGCACACUGGGAGCACCUUUAGUCUCCCCUUCUGCCACUCAAAUAUCAUCAACCAGUUCUUCUGUGAAAUACCCCAGCUGCUCAAGCUCUCCUGCUCUGACACAUACCGAGGAGAGCUGAGAGCAAUUGUCUUCAGUAUGUGUUCAGGUUUAGGCUGUUUUGUUUUCAUCGUUGUGUCGUAUGUUCAGAUCUUCACCGCAGUGUGGAGAAUCCCCUCUGAGCAGGGCUGGCAGAAAGCCUUCUCCACCUGCAUUCCUCACCUUAUCGUGGUCUCCCUGUUUCUUUCCACUAGUGGCAUUGCUUACUUGAAGCCCAUCUCUGACUCCCCGUCCCCUCUGGAUCUCCUGGCAGCUGUUCUGUAUUCUGUGGUGCCUCCAUUGAUGAAUCCGGUCAUCUACAGCAUGAGGAACAGGGAGAUCCAAGCUGCCCUCAAGCAACUUCUCCACAGGCUGAUCCUCUCCAAAACUAAUCUGCCCAUCUUUGUUUCAUAACUUUACUUUACUUUACUUAUGUUUCUUUUAUAAUUAACUCAUGAUAUCAUUGUUUUCAUACUAUAGUGUGCAACCUAUUUACAGAAAAUGAAGGUGGUGGGUUAAUUCUGUAGCUUUGUAAGGACAAUGACACUUGACUUGGGUCAUUUUAUAUAAACACUGUUGAAGCGGUAAAGUUAAUGUUUCAUGCAUCAAUUUUACCAUUAGUUCCACCUCAAAUAAGUGCCACCAAUUGCAAGACGAUGAAUGGAAGACUUUUGUUUACCAGUUGGUGUAAUCCAUUAUUUGGAUAUAGGCAAAUAUUCAGGUUCUGUGAAGGUGGGAUGAACUGCAGACACUUUAGAGGAGAGGCACACAAUUCAGAUGGAUAUGGAUAGACUGGGAAUCUGGACUAGAAACAAUGAGACGGAGUCCAAGGAAACAAAUGCAGUUGCUGCGCCUAGGGGAGAAUAAUCAAAAGCACAGAUACAGAUUGGGUUAUAAAUGGUUGUGUGGUAUGAUUGUUGAAAAGCAUCUGCAGGGUCUGGUGGCUCACAGACUCCAUAUGAAUCAGCAAUUUGAUGUAGCUACAGAAAUAUUAAUGCAGUUUUGUGCUGCAACAAUAGGAGUAUUAGAUGUUAAAAAUGGGAGGUGAUAGUACCACUCAACAUGGUGCUAGUUAGGCCUUACCUAAACUACUCUGUGGAUUUCUGGGCUUCACAUUUUAAGAAGGAAUAUGAAGAAGUUAGAGAAGUUCAGAGAUAGGUGACAAAAAUGAUAAAUGGUUGAAACACGAGCCAUGUUAAGGAGAGAUGGAGAGAAGUAGGCAUAUUUAGCUUGAAGAAAAGGUAAUUAAGAGACUGAUCAUAGCACUGUUGAAAUAUCUGAAAAAGUGCCGUACAGAAAAGGGUGAGCAAUUGUUCUCCCUUGUUGAAUAGGGAAGGCCAUCAAGCUUCAGAUGACAGCAAAGUAGAUUUGGAUUAGAUUUCAGGGGGAAAAGCACCCUUGUUUCUAGACCAGUGCAGAUGUGGAAUAGACUGCCCAGGGAUGUUGUGGAGUUUCCUUCAUUUCAGGUUUUCAAAAAGAGGAUAGUCAUUGCUCACGGAUGAUUUAGGAGUAACAGUCUUGCAUUUGUGCAGCGGGGUGGACGACAUGAUCCUGGAAGCCUCUUCUAAGCCUAUGAAUUUAUUACUAUCAUCAUUGUAAUAGCAUCAUGAAAAUAUAGUGGAU